UGGUUUCCCGGUGUCUUGCUCUCCAUAUUUAUUAGUUCUCAUGUUUAUUCUUUUUUGAAAAGCAAUAUAUAAAUUCGAUAUUUGUCACCAUUCGAAAUGAGAAAGUUAAGCUUUUUAGACGGCUAAUUAAAUGCAUUAGCAUAUAACAUGUGAGUCUCGUUGGUAAACGGUGACAACAAAUGAAGACAAAUAAACACUGUGAGACACGCAAGCCUUAUUUUUUAUUUUUUAUUUUUUGCGUGAAACCGGAAACAUCAUGUUUUCCCCUGUUUUUCUUCUAAAGUUUCCACGCUCAGAAGAAUGGACGACCAAUAGAGAAAUCUGUACGCCUUGCAAAGCUCCCUGAAUUCUCUUACUCUCAAACCCAUUGUGAGUGACGAAGAAAACAAAACAGAGAGAAUCCUAGUAGGAAGGCUAUUAACCGCAAGAAGACUUAGAAGAUUCAAGCUUGCGGAAAUAAUCCCCAAGGUUUGGCGAGCGAAGACUAAAGUUAGAGUGGAGAAGGUGGAAGAAAACACGUUCACUUUCCUGUUCGGAUCUAGAGAAGACAAGGAAAGUACCUUCAAAAAUAGACCUUGGUUUAUAGACGGAGCUCAUCUAAUAUUGAAAGAAUGGCCAUCAAACAAGUCUCUGAAAGAAAUCUCUUUUGAUACCACAACAUUCACAAUACAGGUCCACGAACUACCACCUCUAUUCCUACAUGUUGAUACAGCUAAUCAGAUUGGGAAUAUGUUGGGUUCUGUUCACUCAAAUUCCAUAUCCAAAGGCUGUGUAGUUGGCCAACAUUUUUUGAGAUUCAAAAUCGAUCUUUCUACCCUAAACCCUUUGCCCCCAGGUUUCUUCCAAGACAGGGAUGAUGGGACUCAAAAAUGGAUCCAAUUCAAAUAUGAAAAACUAUCUGACUACUGUUACAAAUGUGGGAGACUAGAUCACGUUACAAGAGCAUGUCGUUUUGAAAAUCCAGCAACCAUCACUACAAAAGAUGGCAACACAGUCAAAGUUUAUGGCCCCUGGUUUAGGGCGGAGCACGGCGGUAGCAUUCCGUUCAAGCACAUGCUGGAAGAUAUUAUUGCACAGACUCAAUCUAGGGAAAAGGAAAAGGAGAAGGAAAGAGUGUCAGACCUACAACCAACCACAGAUCAGAGAGAUACCAGACAGAAACAAUUUUUGGUGCUCGAGGAUGGAAGCAAGGAUAAACCUUUGGAUGAGAUGCACUCAGCCUUGGAACUAUGCCCCGACUUUAAUGCUCUCAAACAGACAACGAUAUCUACCGGAGAAGGGAAGCUGAAUGACCUUUAUGCCGACAUACUCCACCAAGCCAGAAUAUCUAAUUUUGAUACUCAAACCCUAGUAAAAUGGAAGAUAAUGAUAUUGUAAUUGCGGUUUUAUACAAUGGAACAUUGGUACAAAAUGAUGGUGGUAAUUGGGAAUAUUGAAAUGGUAAAAAUAUAAUGGUUUCCGUCGGUAAGAGAUGCACAAAAUCAGAAUUACAGCAUGAGAUUUUCAAUUCUAUUGAGAUAGAUCGAAAUGAAUAUUUGCUAAAGAUAAAAUGAAUAUAUGGACGAUGUGCAGAAAAGUUGGAUCCUAUAGAAAUACACUUUGAUAGGGAUGUGAAAUGCUUUCUUCAAAAAGUGAGAAAUGGAUGGAUGACAAUGAUGCUGCCUCCAAUGUAUGUUGUGGUGAUUUCGAAAGUUGAACAUGUAUAUAGAAAUGUUCAGCAAACAGCAUUUGCUUCGGAUAGUGGGAGUAAUCUUCAUUCUUUUUCUUGUCCUCCAAUUGGCGUUCGUCUACCACAAGUUUUCGAUACUGAACCUAUUCAGGCUACAUCUAAGGAAAUUAUGAUUUAAGAAACUCAGUUUAGAGAUCAAGUUGAUGUUCAUGGGGCUUGGACAUCAUUUAACAUCCACGAAGGAGUUGAUGUUGGAGGUGACUAUGCUAAACGGUUUCCUAACGAUGAGGAGUAUGAGCAGUUGCAUAAUAUUGAUCAUACUGAGAAUUACAAUGCAGCAGGGGAUGGUUUUGAUCAUAAUGAUGUAGAUUUUGAUCAUGAGUUACCGGACAAUGAUAAUGAUAUGCAUCCUGAAAUGAACAAUGAAGGAGUUGAUGAUGUUAGGUCGAGGAUGCAAUGCAUACCAUCCGAAGGUGAAGAUGUUAUUGGACGUAGAUAUAGCCGAUGUGUUAGUGUUAGACAUUAUAGGCAGAAAUGUAUGAAUCCAUUGUCUUAUGCUUCGAAUUAGGAAGUUUUAAUUCAGUAUUAUAGUUUAAUAUCUUUUGAUAAUUAUUUAAUAUCUUGGAUAUUAUAUUUUCUACUCGACGGUGGAAGAUUUAUUAGCAAUUUUUUUUUUUUAAGAAUUUAAUCCCAAAUGA